AGCAGCAGCACAGACACAUACCACUGCUCUCUUUAAUGCCCACUAGGGUUCCAGCCUUCUACUUAUCUUCCCUUCUCCGGCCAGCUUUGCGACUAUUUCCCCUUCAAUUUCCCUUCAAAACCUCUCUUAUUCCGCCGCCGCCGUUGUAAUCUUUCGGCAUUCUCGCCUGAUUCAGCUGUAUCGGGUGGGACACUGGCCUUCCGGCGGCGGUGUUUCUUUUUCGGCGUCCGGUUUAAAUGGUCUCUUCUUUGUGAAAUUUAAUUGUUUCUGGUAGCUGGGGUUUAUGUUUUGAGGUGUUUGUUUUGCGAUUCAAACGGUGUCAUUUUUGCUCCAUUGCAUGCGUCCAUGGCUUUCUGAGGUUGGUGUCGUAGGCUUUCAUGGAGGAGUAGCGUUUUUCAGGCUUGAGUGGAGAGGGAAAAUGGUGGUGACACUUUUUGCUGUUCUGUUUAUAGUUCCUGUUGUUUUGGGAUCUCUGGACCCGGGCUUCAACGACGACGUUUUGGGGUUGAUUGUGUUCAAGGCUGGCCUCCAAGAUCCGGAGUCGAAGCUCAUAUCUUGGAAUGAUGACGACAACGACCCCUGCAACUGGGCCGGUGUGAAAUGCGAUCGCCGGACCAACCGUGUUUCGGAGCUCCUCCUUGACAACUUCUCUCUUUCGGGUCGGAUUGGUAGAGGCCUCUUGCGGCUGCAAUUCCUUCGGAUACUGUCGUUGUCGAAGAACAACUUCACUGGGACUAUAAACCCCAGUCUCGCGCGCAUUGCAAGCCUUCGAGUUAUUGACUUGAGUGAGAACAACCUCUCUGGACCAAUACCAGACGAGUUUUUUCGACAAUGUGGAUCGCUAAUCGUUGUUUCGCUUGCUGGGAACAAGCUUUCAGGGCAGAUCCCGGAUACGUUGAGCUUAUGCAAGACACUGAGGGGAGUGAACUUCUCCUCUAAUCAGCUUUCUGGGCAAUUGCCCGAUGGAAUCUGGUCUUUGUAUGGGCUAAGAUCGCUUGAUUUAUCCAAUAAUUUUCUGGAGGGUGAGAUCCCAGAAGGAAUUGGAAGUUUGAAUAGUCUAAGAGCAAUUAAUUUGGGGAAGAACAAGUUCUCAGGCCGCAUCCCAGACAGCAUUGGAAGUUGUUUGCUUUUGAGAUUGCUUGAUUUGAGUGAAAAUUUAUUUUCCGGGGGGCUUCCAGAGUCGAUGCAGAGACUUAGAAUGUGCAAUUAUCUUAGUUUACGGGGUAAUUUGUUGACGGGAGAAGUUCCUGACUGGAUUUGGGGGAUGAGAAACCUUGGGACUCUGGAUCUUUCUGCGAAUGUGUUUUCGGGUCAGAUUCCAAAUUCAAUUGGAAACCUUUUAUUGUUGAAGGAACUAAAUUUAUCCUCUAAUGAGUUCGGUGGAAGUUUGCCAGAGUCUAUGACAAAAUGCACUAACCUUGUGGCUAUGGAUGUUAGCCACAACUUGUUGACAGGUAAUCUUCCCGCCUGGAUUUUUAGUUUGGGUUUACAAACUAUUUCACUUGCGGGGAACAAACUCAAUGGAAGUGUAGAAUACUCUCCUCUAACGUCAAUGGCUGCCUCUUAUCAAAGACUUCAGGUUUUGGAUUUAUCAUCAAAUGCCUUAUCUGGUGAAAUUUUAUCCGGGAUUGCGGCUUUUAGUAGUUUGCAGUUCUUGAAUAUGUCGAGAAACUCUCUGAUUGGUUCUAUUCCAGAAAGCAUAGGUGAAUUAAAAACUUUACAUGUCCUUGAUUUGAGCAACAAUCAGCUAAAUGGAAGCAUUCCUUUUGAAAUCAGAGGUGCAGUUUUGCUGAAGGAACUAAAGCUGGAGAAGAACUUUCUUACUGGGAAAAUUCCAACCCAGAUUGAGAAGUGCAAGUCACUGACCUCUUUGAUCUUAUCUCAGAACCACCUCACAGGUCCAAUCCCUGCAGCCAUUGCUAACCUCACCAGCAUUGAAAAUGUGGACUUGUCAUUUAACAAUCUCUCAGGAAGUUUACCAAAGGAGCUAACAAAUCUCUCCCACCUCCUAUCCUUCAAUAUCUCUCAUAACAACAUCCAGGGUGAAUUGCCAUCCGGUGGCUUCUUCAACACCAUCUCCCCAUCAUCUGUCUCUGGUAAUCCAUCCCUUUGUGGCUCUGUUGUGAACCGCUCCUGCCCUUCUGUCCAUCCCAAACCCAUUGUCCUUAAUCCUGAUUCUUCUUCCAACUCCUCUAAUGCCGGCUCUUUCCCUUCAAAUCGCCGUCACAAGAUUAUACUCAGCAUCUCUGCUCUCAUUGCCAUUGGUGCAGCCAUUUUCAUUGCAUUUGGUGUUUUAGCUAUCACUAUCCUCAACAUCCACGCCCGGUCAUCUAUGUCUCAUGCUGCUGCCAGCCCAAUAGUAUCUGGUGGGGAUGAUUUUAGUCAUUCCCCCACUAAUGAUGCUCAGUAUGGCAAGCUUGUCAUGUUCUCUGGUGAUGCUGACUUUGUUGCUGGGGCACAUGCAUUACUCAACAAGGAUUGUGAACUCGGUCGUGGUGGGUUUGGAGCUGUUUAUCGAACAAUCCUUCGAGAUGGGCGUUCAGUUGCUAUCAAGAAGUUGACUGUUUCAAGUUUGAUCAAGUCCCAAGAAGAUUUUGAGAGGGAAGUGAAAAACCUUGGAAAGAUCAGGCACCAUAAUCUAGUGGCACUCGAAGGGUAUUACUGGACUCAAUCCUUACAGCUGCUCAUUUAUGAAUACAUCUCCAGUGGGAGUUUGUAUAAACAUCUCCAUGAGGUUCCAGGCAAAAGCUGCCUUUCUUGGCGAGAGAGGUUUAACAUAGUUCUUGGGACCGCAAAAGGUUUGGCCCAUUUGCACCAGCUGAACAUAAUUCACUAUAAUCUCAAAUCCACUAAUAUUCUGAUAGACAGUGGCGGUGAACCCAAGGUGGGAGACUUUGCCUUGGCAAGGCUGUUACCAAUGUUAGACCGCUAUGUUCUAAGCAGCAAGAUUCAGAGUGCACUUGGAUACAUGGCACCUGAAUUUGCAUGUCGAACAGUGAAAAUAACUGAGAAAUGCGAUGUGUAUGGGUUUGGUGUCUUGGUUCUGGAGGUAGUGACCGGGCGGAGACCCGUGGAAUACAUGGAGGAUGAUGUGGUUGUUCUUUGUGACAUGGUGAGGGGAGCACUUGAUGAAGGUAAGGUGGAAGAAUGUGUUGACAGGAAGCUCCAGGGGGAAUUUCCAGCUGAUGAGGCUAUUCCAGUGAUAAAACUUGGGCUGAUAUGUGCAUCUCAGGUGCCAUCAAAUCGGCCAGACAUGGGAGAAGUGGUGAACAUUUUAGAACUGAUCCAAUGCCCGUCAGAAGGCCAAGCAUUAGAAUGAAUUGAAGUUUGUAGAGGUUAAGAAAAAAAAACACAAAAAAACACCAGGUAAUGGGGGUUCAUCGGGGAAUAGGAAUCCGGUUUGUUUGAUUAGCUAGAAGGAGAAUAGAUUGUGUUGGAAGUCCUUUUCUUUUCAACCUUCUGUUUGUUGUUUUGUAUUCUUGUUUGUAUUUUUUUAUUUGUCCUGGUUACAGUUAUAUUACCGGAUUCCUUUUCACCGGUACCAAUUUGGGACCCUUUGAUAUUAUCUCCACCAUAUUUGUUUCUAUAGAAAUGAAUCUUUGUGUUUUGUUUUA